AUGUAUAGAUAUGGUGUUGAAUGUCUAUUUCGAUUUUAUACAUAUGGUCAAUUAUAUGGUUUAGAAAAAUUUUGGGCAUCUUUAAAAUAUUCUCGACAAAAACCAAAAAUCAAUCGAAAACUUGAAGAAAUUCUAAAAAACUAUAAAAAUCUUGAAGAUUUUCAUGUUGAUGGUGCAUCAUUUCCACAACAAUUUUUUCUAACAAAAUCAAAUUAUACAUUCGAAGCAAUUGCUGCUGCAGUAGCAAAGAACAGUGAUACAUCAAAUUCAUUAAAACCCAAUGAAGAAUUUAGUGUUUUAGGAAGAAUUGAUAUUGGUUUAGGCAUCGGUGGUGGUGUGAUUAAUUCUAUAUUUUAUAAUGUUGAUGGUGGUCAUCGAGCUGUUAUUUUUGAUCGUUUUCAAGGUGUUAAACUAGGUGUUAUUGAACAAGGAACUCAUUUUAUGAUUUCAUGGCUUCAUAGACCAAUUAUAUUUGAUAUUCGUACACGACCACGAUCUGUUCCAUCAAUAACAGAAAUAAAAGAUUUACAAACAAUUAAUAUAACAUUACAUUAUGAAGAACGUUCUCAAUUUGAUGCUAUUGAAUUGAUUACACAACAUACACUUAUUUUUCAACGUAUUAGUGAAUUAUUAACAGAACGUGCUGCUCAAUUUGGUUUAUUACUUGAUGAUAUUUCAAUUACACAUUUAAGUUUUAGACCUGAAUUUAUAAGUGGUGUUGAAUUAAAACAAGUUGCACAACAAGAUAUUGAAAAACAACGAUUUUUAGUCGAAAAAAUGGAACAAAGUCGUCAAGCAAAUGUUAUUGCAGAAGAAGGUGAUGCUCGUACAACUGAUUUGAUUGGCAAAGCUUUAGAUGAAGUUGGUGAUGGUUUAAUCGAACUUCGACGAAUUGAAGUCGCUGAAGGUAUUGCAAAUCAAUUAUCAAAAUCAAGAAAUAGCGUCUAUUUACCACAUGGUCCUCAAAUGUUACUUAACAUUAUUGGCGGUAUGCAAUAA